AGUCUGAGACCCGGGUCGGGGAGAGGGGGCAGCGGCCACGAGAGCUAAGGCGCGCUGGAUCCCCAGAGGGCGGAGGACCUCGCUGCGCAUCCAGCUUUUCCUAGCCACGUUACAUCGGGGCUCUCCCCCGCGAACCCCCAUUUCACAGAUGGGAAAAUUGAGGCUCCGAGAGGCCAAGUGAUUCUCAAGGUCACACGAGGAGGCGGCAGAGCCAGGCGGGGACGGUUCUGGGUGGCUUCUAGGAAAAGUCCUCCUGAGAACUCCGUACAGGAGCUCCCCCUUCCUCCAGCCUGGGGGAGUAUGUGUAGGGCCAGGGUACCUUUCCGUGGGGCAAGGUUCUGCCAAAAUCUGGGAGUGAGGGGAAUCAGGGCGUUGGGACCGCGGGGCGGGCCCUACACCGCAGAUGGGAGGGGGGCGACGGAAUGGGCGUGCGCACCCAUGGGGGUGUGUGCAUGUGUGUGGGAGUGUACAUGCGUGGAGAAGCACUGCUUUGCGUGUGUGCACACGUGUGAGGAUGUCAGCGCCUGUGUGGCGGCGGGACUCGAGGCUGGCCUGGCUCAAGUGAACAGCAGGUCCAGGAGGCGACCUCGUCCACGGGUUUGCAUUCUGGGGUAGACGAGCCGGGGGUUCGGUCCGAGACCGGUGGGAGGCUCCCGGAGCGCAGUCUGAGCCCAGCUCACCCCGCGCCGGCGGCCAUGGCGGGCACCCUGGACCUGGACAAGGGCUGCACGGUCGAGGAGCUGCUCCGCGGGUGCAUCGAAGCCUUCGAUGACUCCGGGAAGGUACGGGACCCGCAGCUGGUGCGCAUGUUCCUCAUGAUGCACCCCUGGUACAUCCCCUCCUCUCAGCUGGCGGCCAAGCUGCUCCACAUCUACCAACAAUCCCACAAGGACAACUCCAAUUCCCUGCAGGUGAAAACGUGCCACCUGGUCAGGUACUGGAUCUCUGCCUUCCCGGCGGAGUUUGACUUGAACCCGGAGCUGGCUGAGCAGAUCAAGGAGCUGAAGGCUCUGUUAGACCAAGAAGGGAACCGGCGGCACAGCAGCCUCAUCGACAUAGACAGCGUCCCUACCUACAAGUGGAAGCGGCAGGUGACUCAGCGGAACCCUGUGGGACAGAAAAAGCGCAAGAUGUCCUUGUUGUUUGACCACCUGGAGCCCAUGGAGCUGGCGGAGCAUCUCACCUACUUGGAGUAUCGCUCCUUCUGCAAGAUCCUGUUUCAGGACUAUCACAGUUUCGUGACUCACGGCUGCACUGUGGACAACCCCGUCCUGGAGCGCUUCAUCUCCCUCUUCAACAGCGUCUCGCAGUGGGUGCAGCUCAUGAUCCUCAGCAAACCUACAGCCCCACAGCGGGCCCUGGUCAUCACACACUUUGUCCACGUGGCAGAGAAGCUGCUGCAGCUGCAGAACUUCAACACGCUGAUGGCAGUGGUCGGGGGCCUAAGCCACAGCUCCAUCUCCCGCCUCAAGGAGACCCACAGCCACGUUAGCCCUGAGACCAUCAAGCUCUGGGAGGGUCUCACAGAACUAGUGACGGCGACAGGCAACUAUGGCAACUACCGGCGCCGGCUGGCAGCUUGUGUGGGCUUCCGCUUCCCUAUCCUGGGUGUGCACCUCAAGGACCUGGUGGCCUUGCAGCUGGCACUGCCUGACUGGCUGGACCCAGCCCGGACCCGGCUCAAUGGGGCCAAGAUGAAGCAGCUCUUUAGCAUCCUGGAGGAGCUGGCCAUGGUGACCAGCCUGCGGCCACCAGUACAGGCCAACCCUGACCUGCUGAGCCUGCUCACGGUGUCUCUGGAUCAGUAUCAGACGGAGGAUGAGCUGUACCAACUGUCCCUGCAGCGGGAGCCGCGCUCCAAGUCCUCGCCAACCAGCCCCACGAGUUGCACCCCACCACCCCGGCCCCCGGUGUUGGAGGAGUGGACCUCGGCUGCCAAACCUAAGCUGGAUCAAGCCCUUGUGGUGGAGCACAUCGAGAAGAUGGUGGAGUCUGUGUUCCGGAACUUUGACGUCGAUGGGGAUGGCCACAUCUCACAGGAAGAAUUCCAGAUCAUCCGUGGGAACUUCCCUUACCUCAGCGCCUUUGGGGACCUCGACCAGAACCAGGAUGGCUGCAUCAGCAGGGAGGAGAUGGUGUCCUAUUUCCUGCGCUCCAGCUCUGUGCUGGGGGGCCGCAUGGGCUUCGUACACAACUUCCAGGAGAGCAACUCCUUGCGCCCGGUCGCCUGCCGCCACUGCAAAGCCCUGAUCCUGGGCAUCUACAAGCAGGGCCUCAAAUGCCGAGCCUGUGGUGUGAACUGCCACAAGCAGUGCAAGGAUCGCCUGUCAGUUGAGUGUCGGCGCAGGGCCCAGAGUGUAAGCCUGGAGGGGUCUGCACCCUCACCCUCACCCACGCACAGCCACCAUCACCGCGCCUUCAGCUUCUCCCUGCCCCGCCCUGGCAGGCGAGGCUCCAGGCCUCCAGCAGAGAUCCGUGAGGAGGAGGUACAGACGGUGGAGGAUGGGGUUUUUGACAUCCACUUGUAAUAGAUGCUGUGGUUGGAUCAAGGACUCUCAUUCCUGCCUUGGAGAAAAGACUUCAACCAGAGCAGGAAGCCUGGGGGUGUUGGGGCAGGAGACUGGGGCUGGGGGUGGGAUAUGAGGGUGGCAUGCAGCUGAGGGCAGGGCCAGGGCUGGCGUCCCUAAGGUUGUACAGACUCUUGUGAAUAUUUGUAUUUUCCAGAUGGAAUAAAAAGGCCCGUGUAAUUAAUCUUCA